GCCUAUUCACUGUUAUGCAUCCUUAAAGGUUGCUGGGGUCUAGUGUGAAGGGGAGCAAGCCAUUUUGUGCUCGGGUAACACUGAUGCAGACAGGCCAAUGACGGUAGUUUAAUCACGUCACGCCAUAAGGUCACACGUGAUAUAUAGCUUCUUCGUCUCCCGAGACUGGGAAACUCGUUGUUAACGAAAGUGAGAACUAGCAGUGGCCUUUCAUUGUGUUAACGUUUUACUAUAGCUCCAUUACCUUUUUCGUCUUUCCAAUAUUAUUAUCAUGUACACUUGCCGGGUGUUCUCCCCGACUUUCGAAUUGUCCUUCGCUCCAUCUUCAUUUCUGUAUUAGCAGCCGCCUAGUGCUUCUGCAGCGGAAUCACACGCACCAGUUUUCUUAGAUCCUGACGGGUCAGCACAGACUACGCCAAUCACCAGUGGUAAGCUGGAGACCAUACGCAAGAAGCACUGGACGACCACAAAGUUUUUCCUGCCGAUGUGACCAUUGGUCUGACCCUGUAUCAGCACUAACAGCAUCUACAUAGCGUUUAUGUAUAGAUGGCAACGGUCGCGAUGGCCGCCACCGCGACGACUCGGCCCAGUACAAGCUGACGCGGAAUCAGCAGGACCAGCUGAAAAUCCAGCUGUCGUGCGACGGUGGCUUACGCAUCACGACUCAAUUGCUGGCCAGCGUCAUCGUUCUUCAGGCGGCGGCGAAUUUCGUCCGUAACGGCAGCAGCAGCCGCCGCUGCUGAUCGCUAAGCCGGAAUAUUUCCAAUAGACUUAUCAGUAAUGCAUCUAUACAGCAGCUUCGACUCUUUGCAAUUUGGGCGAUUAGGUGACGAUGUCACACGCGCAACAAUGAGUUAUUAUUGCUUCUAUCAAAAUCCUUUACGCAGAGGCGUCUAUAGAAUAAAUAGGGUUACUAAAUUUUGUAGUCACAAUAUGUAAUAAUGUCGAUUACAAAAUGUUACGAGCUCUUCGAAAGGCUAUAUGCGUUAUUCUUGCAUGAAAGAGGUUAGCAAAACGUAACCGCAUUAGAAAGACACAAUGGUACCGCUUAGUUUUUUAGUAGAGCUGGAUUCCACUAAUUAUCACUUCUACGAAAUUCUUAUACACGGAAAAUUGUACCCAAAAAUUAUCCAAAAUAAUAAUAAUAAUGUACCUCAUUUGACGAAAAACCGAAAAUGUCAAACAGCAGUGCAAAUGUCAAAUAAUCGGUGCUCAAAGAGUAAUGCGGUGGACGAACACAACCAUAACACUGGCCCGGCUUCACUCCCAAGUUCAUUUAUGUUACUUGCCAAAAAACGUGGUAAAGGAAGAUGGGAAGAAAGAACUAUAUGGAACUAUGGUUUGAUCAAAUGUUGUAGCCAAUUUAGCUUAAACAAUUGAGCACACUAAACUUCAGGUGACAAACUUGAUUGUGCCUGAUUUUUAUGUCUUUUUCAAGCAACUUACGCUAUUGUGUUACAAGUAACUUGCUUAUUUUCAUUUUAAUGACUCUGGCUCUAAGAAAGACCACCAGCUGAUCAAUAUCCGUAACAGAUCAACAACGUUACAGUUACCACAAGCGCUUUGAGGUCUUACGCCACCUUUCUAUUAUCGAACACACCCGUUCCGUUGAUAAUUAAUGAUGCAAGAAGAUCUUGAGUGGUUGUAGACGGAAGAAGACUAUACCUAAUCGUAUUUAUCUAUAUCAUACCGACAUUUUUAUCACAGCAUUUAGAAACUGGCCAAGGUAAACGCUACGGCUGGCAGUGGCAAGCAAUGACAGGUAAAACUGUACACAUUGCAUCUUGAAAGCAAAAAAACUGUGUUUCUCAAGGUGAUCAUUGUGAAUGAGUUUAUUUCCGUGAUUUUUUUUUAUUGUUAUUUGUUUGUUUUCAUACACAGCACAGCAAUAUUCAAAUCCUAGAAGCAAACCAGGCAACCAAACUACUGAUCCUAUAAUAUAUCAGGCUUGUAAUUACAAGUGAGUAAAAGACGCAACAGGGUUACAGGAGCUUCCUGAUACGAGUCGGCUAAGCAGUAAACAGAAUUGUCGCUAUGUAUUAAUGUGAUCUAACAGGGGCAAAACGUAGAAGUACCAUUCUCGUUUUUACUGUCGCCGAUCGUUUAGCCACGAUAAUCGUCCGGGGGCUGUAACUAUGCUAUACACACCAUUACAUCCUAGUCUUUAGCCGAAAGUCCAAUGCUGCCGACCGCUUACAUAGAUUAUAUCAUCUUUAGUAAAAUAGUGGUAAAUGGUCCUUUAUAGUAACCAUAAAUUAAUUCAUUAUCAACUGCAUACCAGCGUGUCCCCACGCACGUGAAUAGACGACAGAGUUCCUCCCUAGAAAUUUGGAUCUAUUGAUGCCUGUGCUUUUCUGCUGCUUGUAAACCGGCUGCUUUAUAUAUAUAUAUAUAUAUAUAUAUAUAUGCAUAUUGCAACUAUAGCUAAAACUACUUAAGUAUGUAUUAAACUUAAUGAAUACGAUAUGUAAGUUCAAAUUAGUGAAGCCAGUAUUUCCUGAAGAGUUGCGUGGAAUAUGGUUUCUUAGAUGAUUCGCAAAAUCGUAUUGAACAUAUGUACGUUUCCGAUAAUAUUAUAGCAUAAUCGCGCUGGCAAAGUGUUUGGUAGCCAGCUUAGUUAUCUAUGUCGAAACCCUGUCUUCAAUGUGAGGUAACGUAUAUACACGUGCACGUUCGUUUAUACCCGACAACAUUGAGCCAAUAGCCAUAAACAAUAGCAAUCAAUAAUCCAACAUAUCGACGGCCAAAAACACGGAUGAACUAACGGCCGAGCGCCGGUUGACAGGGCGGCAGCAGCGACUCAACAAUCGAAAUAUAAGCGUACAAAAAUUUGCUCGCAAUUCCGACCGGCGGAGUCAUCUCCAUUCUCGCCAUCUUUAAUGAUGCGUUUUCGAGCUCUGGCGCUAAACGCCAUCGCGUCUAUCCAGUUUCAACUGCGGAAGGCUGGCUGACUGACAGAGCGAUGUUAUUGCCCUAUAUUUCAUGCCCGUUCAAGCAACGUAGACAGUCAACUGGCGAAAACCAUAGAAUAUCGACGGUACACAAAUACCGCUGUUGUUGCUAAGCGCAUACUAGAAAUGACUUCAUCACAUGUUGAAAUUCUGCCGAGUUCUAGAGGCGAAUGAAUACGAAUCGAUACUAUUGCGAACUCUACUGGCAUACGUAAUCAUUUAGCACUACCGAUAUGAUGAUACCACUGCAGCUAUUCGUUCAUAUACUUUCCUGUUGCACAGUCGAGCGAUUAGUCUUCUGGAAGUAUGAUCCGUAAUUGUCUUCACAACAGAACGAUCACGAACACGUUUGACGAUCAAUACACUACCGAGAAAAUACUCGAACUGCGACAAUCUCACUGCUUGCCGCCGUCUAACGAAAACACUCGUCGAAUACGCACUGCACCUCACUCUAUUGAACUUUCUCAGCUGUGUCAAGAGAAACUAGCACCAUAGGGACGCCGACUUUAAGAGCUGUGUCCUGCGUGCGUUUGAAAAGUAUCACACCACUAACGUAGCCGGAGCAGCAGUACCGCAUCACCCACUCCUUCUGUUAACACCCACAAAACACUACUCGCUUCUUAUCUCGGCAAUGACGAGCUGUCGUCGUCGUCAUCGUCAUCGUAAUACGUUCAGCUAUGGUAAAUAUAUUAAUGCCCUUGCCAACCAUGAAUUCGUUGUGGAAAGUUGUUAUGUGAGAUUUGCGUCUUUACGUUCCGGAUAGAGUUUGUUUCGUAAUAUGUAUUACUGUCAAUGUGUUACUUGUUGGUGGACGUCGCCGUCAUCCGGAGCAUCGGUGCUAGCAAUGGCAAAUGAAAACCUCAUCUUAAAUUUUUAUCGAUACUACUCUGCCACAAAUGAGGAUACCGUUGGCAACUCUAUCUGUAUGCGGUAGCUGCUUCAACAUCUGCAGUGGUAACAGCAGUAGUAGCAUCGUCACAGUUGGCAUCUAUCAACUAACUCCUGUUCCUUAUAAACAUGACUUCGCUGGCAAGCGGGUAGGCAGGCAGGCACGCAGAUGGAUAAGUAAAGCGUCGGUACAUGAACGAGAUGAGCAACAUUGGCGCGACGAGACAUUUCUCACUAAAUCAAGUUGAAGGAAAAAUAGCUCUCGCUGAAACACGGUACAGCAAACGUGUUAGUAGUGCAAAGAUUACGGUUGUUACUAUAACGAUGAGGUCAUCGGGUAUCUCUGUAUUCACACACACCCUCGUUUGUAUUAGCAUUUAUACGGGCAACGAAAUGGCCUCGGCCUGCUAUUUAGAGAUCACUUAUUGAGAGAAGGCAGAAAUAAUACGUUGGUUUAUGUUAGUAAUGAGUGCUGCUCUCACACAAAGCGCUGACUAACUGAUUGGCUAGUAAAAGGUCACCAGUAUGCAAACGUUCUAGCUGACCCCAUACACUCGCUCACACUUCUACAAAAAAACUGCACUAACUUUAAUGUCUGUCGGGCUUCUUCUUCUUCUAUUACCACUUCGUCUGUUACUACUAGAACAGUUCCACUUCCCUCGCUGGUGUCGCUGUUGCGGCGUUAGCCACCGCCGUUAGCAGCGUAUGAGCCUAAGUCACUUUACGCAGCAAAGGCGACUACGAUGGCCAUAACAGGAGAAGACCCAAACAGAAGGAAGAGCCAACAAUAGUGAGCGCCUACAGAUGGUUGCUGCAGAUUCUAACAAAACAAGCGAUUACUUACUCGCUCACUGUUAUGUGCGCCGCCUGCUCGCCUGGCGCGGUUAAACUUAAAAGUCACAGAUUCAGCGCUAGCAGACCGACUAAGCAACGGGCACUUUAACAUGCUUGUUCAUUGCAACAAAACAGCCCAACUAUCUUUGCUAGGCAACAAUGGCCCAGCCAAAUUCGUGGUGGUAGCAGAGAUGGAAUCUGGAUAAGCGGACGAAAAUCGACCCAGCCACAAACGAUAAGCGGAGUGCCCAGGCUAAGCAAAUGCGCCGGAGCCGACGAAACUGUAGACGCCAACGAACGAUAAGCAAUGGCUAGAAAAAGGACGAUGAUGGGCGCUAGCUCUGCAAGAGUCAUAGCAGACGCAGCAGCAGAGAUGACAGAUGAAAACGUCAGCGGUGCUCACCAGCUAACCCCUUCUCCAUUUCAUAGAGGUCGUAGUGGUACAGCACGUUAUGGUGCUCUAUCUUUCGCUUGCGGUAUCGCUCGUUCUCUUUCCCGUUUGCUGCCACUGCUGUCACUUUCUGGCGCUCACUGCAGCAGCAGUAGCAGCAGCAAAACCCGCCCUCCGCCAACGUACACACCCGCACGGACGAUCCGAUCAUGCCGAUUGUUCGUUUGACGCUCGCGACAACAUCAAUCGACGGAAAAAACUCCGGCGGAAUGAUACAUUGCCAUGUUCACGCGGAGGUCUUUUGCCAGCAUUAACGGCAAGCAAUAGCUAAUGCAUUUACCGCGCAGACUACAGCAUCGUAGGUGUCGUCGUAGUGCCAGCAGCACGAAGACGAGCAAUGAGCAGCUCUGGAACGAACAAAAGGGCCCAACAUCUGAUUAGCUGCUUCUUUGGCUGUGAUUGGGUGGGUAGCGGCUUGCCAGGCUGGCAAGUAAUAGGGCAGGUUGACGUAGUAGAACGCCGGACCGGGUCGUGCCGCUCGCCAUCGUCAACAAGAAUCAAACGGUGGUAGAGCAGAAGACAUCCUCGCUGCACUUCUCCAGCCCUAAUAUUUAUGUGAGAGCAUAUCUGCAGGAGAGUCGCGCUGGGAAGCAGUAGUUGUUAAUAGUUGCAGUUAGCGCUGCUGGUGAAGCCGUUUCAGCUGCUCGAGACUCCAGAGUACUAGUGUUGGUCCUUGGAUGUCGUGAUGUCCUCAGAAGUAGGCAGCGCCAGUGGUGGCGGCCGCGCAGAAGAUAAUUCCUCCGUGGAGGUGGCCGCUUCACCCCUUCAAGGAGGUAAUCUUCAGCCCCAACCUAAAAGUGACGAACAUAUGAAAUCUAAUGGACGUAGCGGGAGCCAAGUGGGCAAGACGGGUCCCCAGUCCGAUUUUGUUGAGAACGCAACGGUGGACGAACUUAACGCAGAAAUUGGAGGCGAAGUGAAGCAUAUAUUGCGAGCUAAACAGUACCAUGAAAGCCUACAAGCUAAGAAGAAAAGUUUACAAUUGAAGAUGCAACAAGCGAAAUCAAAUGGCCAAGCAGAUCCCGAGCAGGUGAAAGGGCUUUUAAAUUUUGCGCGUGAUUCACUGUCUAAGAUGGAACUGCUGGAAGAUGUACACUGUCGGAUCCUCAGCGACGUUUCUUCACACCUUGAAAAUGCCACUCAAGUAAAGAAGGAGUUUGACACUUCGCUAGCUGAUAUCCAGCGACUUCUCCGCCUUCGACAGUACCUACAAUGGAUUGCCAAAAUAGGAGAUAUCAGUCAAUAUAUUGAGGAAGCAGUUGAAAGCGGCGAUGACAGGUCGGCAGUCGCACACCUGGCAUUGCUUGUUGAUACCUGGUUAAAACUCAAGACAUCUCAGUGCCACCGACUAAUGACUUUCCUCAAGCAGACCAUUCUCUACUGGCACAACAUACUCAGGGAAAAGUUUGAAAAGGAGUUCGAUAAAGUUUUGUCAUCAAUGGGCUGGCCUGUUAUCAACUCCUCUGUAGCCGCCACCCUGUCCUGCCCUCCACAAAUGUUCGCCUGCUUCGAGUCAGCCUUCCUCAACCUUUACAAGAUACAGCUGCCUCAUGAGCUCCUCCUGCAAGAAAAACUAGCAACAUCCAGCAGCUGUGGCACACUUUUGCUACCCAUUGAACUGAUGGUGAAGCCACUCAAAAAACGGUUUCUUUUCCAUUUUGUCAGCAAACGACAAACGAAUCGGGUCGACAAACCUGAAUGGUAUCUCACACAGACCCUCACCUGGAUCCAGGAUCAUGCCGUGUUCUGUGAAAAGUUUGUUCAGCCAAUUUUAAUGAAGCAUAACAUAGAAGGCAUACAUGCAACAUUGGAAUUGAUGCGUAGUUUGGUCUCGACAGCGAUUGCCAAGUUAGAAGUAGAUCUUCCUCUGUUGUUAGCCGAAGACAACGAACUGCUUCUGACGCACACAAUCGAAGAAGCCCUGAUGUUCCACGCGGAACUUCGCGACCUCGGCUACCCCUCGCGUUUUCCCUGUAUCCUCAAUGUGCUCACCACCGAUCGAUGUUUUAUUCGCUGGAUUGCCCUCGAGAAGAAGUUUGCCGACGAGAAGCGCGACAAACUUCUCAGUUCGCCUUCGGCUUGGACAUGUCCAUAUUCGCCGGGAGCGGACAUCGAGGCCGAUCUCGAAGACCCCCUCAAGGUGCCCGAGUGUGCAGAAGGCUUCAUGUUGUUAUUGGGCGCCAUGACGGAACGUUACCGACAAUUGGAGAACCCCGAACACGCGCUCAAGUUUUUGUCGCUGCAGCAAAUUCUGCUUGAAGACUUUCGGGUAUGCCUGCUGCAGGUGCUCAAUUCACGCAUGGAGGCUGGCAGCCUUUACGAUGUCUGCCCAGUACUAAACGCUGCACACUAUGUCGUCGUUGUUCUCAAUGAGUGGAGUAAUCAGCUUUUCUUUAUCAAUCUCUUGGAAGUUUGUAGCAAGCUAGAACGGCGACGAGCGUCGUCAUCUACUAAAGAAGGUGGGGGCACAUCUGGGGUUGGUGGAGGUGACAGUGUGUGCUCAAGCGAUGCGACAGCGCCAACGUCAUCUGAAUCGACGCCCGAAUCGCCGUCAACAGUCGUAAACGCUCCAAACCAUCGACCCUCAGAGGAGAGCGUUUUUGAACAGGUAACGGGUUUACUUGAAAGAUUGUACAAAGACGCAAUUUUGACUAUGAUCGACUGUCUCCUAUCCGACAUCAAAGUUAAAUGUCGAUCGUAUCAUCGCGAAAAAUGGUUCCGUAUGCCGACGGCCACCCAAGACGAACCGCUGGCAUUGACUCCCACGGCUUUUCCAAUGCUGUCCUUGCUGCAGUGUCUAUUAGCAAGGCUUCACGCUGCUUUGGCGGCCCCGCUAUUCGCUAUGCUGUGGCAGGGUCUGGCACGUGGCCUUUCGCUCUACAUAUACGAGGAAGUGAUACUCGAAAACUAUUUCUCUGAAGGUGGAGCCCAGCAACUCGCUUUUGAUCUCGAGGGAAAUUUAUUCCCGCUUUUCAGCCCCUACGUAACUGGUGGUCAACCCGAGAACUUUUUCAGAGAAGUUAAGGAAGCAUGCAUCUUGUUAAAUAUGCCUCGUGCUGUCGCCUGGAUUCUUCAAGAAACACUUAAAACGGCCCGACUGACUGAUGUCGUUCAGGGAAGCGCCGCGUUGGAGGAGCAGGGUGUUACGAAUUUGUCGCCGUCGCAAGCAAUGCAUGUUCUAUCAAAGCGCAGUGAUCUGUCUUCGGCUCAAUAAGCAAUAAAUGCGAAAGCUAGAAAGCUUCAUCCUAUCGGUCAGGAGAUCAUCAUAUGAUAAUAAAAAGCAUAGGAUCAUUUUAUUGAGAUAAUGCAAAGUUUCUGGGGGCAAAAAUAUAAUGUAUUAUAAAAAAUAUAAACGGUACCACGAGAUUUUUCGCCUAUCGUACAUUCCACAAUGCAUUUUGUUUAACGUCUCAUCCAGUUGAUGAUUUGAGAUUCCUGUUCCACCUUGUCAUUAUUAUUUUUCAGCACUAAAUACAACACAAAACAGGUAAAAGAAAAAAAAGCAACAAUUUGGUUGCUUUGAUGCAGAAAGAUCGAACCGUCAAAUUACAGCUUUGGCAUCUCGUCAUUGCUUCUGGUGACUGCUAGCAGAAGAAUAGCCAUGAGAAAUGUGAGUAGCGUAAAAAAAAACUUUAAUAAAACGCUUGAGGGCGAUCAAGGCUUGGAAGAAAGUUCUUGUGUAUUAACGUGUUUGUGCAUUUUGGCGCAUCUAAUACAUCGACUUUUGCUAAAAGUGCUAUCAACCCAGUAAUAUGUAGAGAAAUUAAGUUUUUGUUUUUUUUCAUUAUGAAGCUUAAUGAUAACCUGUUGCACGAAAAAAAUAAGAGGACGAGUAAGCUGCGGCAACUUGGAGGACUGAAGAUAGUUCCCAUUACGAUGUACUAUAAACGUUUGUUAGAGACAGACAGAUAAUAUAAUAACCAAUUCAUUUAUGAUAUAUGUAUGAAAGCGGGUAAAUUUGCAAUUGGCGCGAAACAUAGCAUCUUGCGCAAAAUUUGGCGGUAAAGGAGAUAUUAAUAAGGCUACAACUUCUCCCUUUGUUUUUAUUAUUAUUAUGUCUCAGUAGAAGUAUUGUUAUUGUGCUGCUGUUACUAGCAUAAAAUUAGAUAGACGAAAAACUGUUACUGUUUACUGCCCAAACGAUAUCGAUGUCAAGGAUAAGGACACUGAUGAUAAAUAUUCGACUGUAUGAACUUCGUUUUGUCCAAUGAGAAUCGGGUGCCGAUCUGCUGAGUGCUCGAAGACGUCGUAAGAUGCCUCGGAGGAACCCAGCAUCCUAGCCGUUAAUAGUGAGAAAUAUAUUAAACAUAAACAUAGCAGUAAAAAGAAAAAAAAACACGAAAUAAACGCAAGCGUACAGAACACGACUAGAAACGGUAGAGCGCUAAUUUAAGCCGAGACAAAAUUAGAUAGAAAUAGCAUUUCGCAAUUGAAUUUGUAGCAGGUGGAUUUGCUCGGCAAUUUUGUUCUGCUAGAAUGCGUGGUGCCGGUGUUUAUUGAUGAUCACAAUUACUAUUACUAGUACUUAUAAAAAUAUCAGUAGUAAUGCUGGUAAUUUUCCCAACUUUUCAGGUGCGUGAGAUAUAAGGUUUUAUUGAUGAAUAGCCACAAAAUGGAUGACGACGUCGUUGCUAUUACCGAACACUGAGCACAAAUAGUAACACUGUACUAGUAGUACUAAUAGUGACUGUUAUCUCCGCGCUGACUGGCGGUCUGUGAUUGUUAUUUCUUGUACAAUAUUUUAGUAAUAUUUUGAAUUUUCAUUUUCUCAGUUAACAUUCGAAUGCGAUUCACGCAUUGAAAUUUACAACUCAAAGCAGCAGAGCAGGCUGUGUUGCCAGAGUCGUGCAGCAUUAUAUACCAGCAAAUAUUAUGACAUGCAACAACAACAUCAGUUCUAAUUUAAUUAUAUCUACGAUUAUAAUAAAUUAUAAUAAUAUUUUAUAAU